UGGACUAGAUGACCUUUGGGUGCCCCUUCCAACUCAAGGAUGGGGUCUGCUUUGCUGGAGAUUUCAUGGCCAUCUGUCGGGAGGGAUUGGGUUGUGUCUUCCUGCAUCAUAGAACGGGGCUGGACUAGAUGACCCUUGGGUGCCCCUUCCAAUUCUAGGAUUCAGAGUCUGAUGGGGUCGGCUUUGUUGGAGGUUUCAUGGGCAUCUGUCAGGAGGGAUUGGGUUGUGUCUUCCUGCAUAAUAGACUAGACUAGAUGACGCUUGGGUUCCCCUUCCAACCCUUGGACUCUGAGCCAUGCAGACCUGCCUGUGUGGCCCUUUGGGGCCCAUGCGUCCCCUAUACGUGCCUAUAUGUGCCUGGCCUAUAUGUGCCUUUCCUCUCCAUCCCGGGAGGAGUGAAAACAACCCCAAACUGCGCCAGCUCUGCAGACUGUUUGGAAUACUUCAAAUGCCUUGACACUCUGCCGCCGCCGCAUGUCCUAGAUGGCUUUGCGGCGGGAUGAUUCGUAUGCAAAGCUGCGCCAUAAAUUUCCCCCAAAUAUAUAUAUAUAUAUCUCUAUCUCCUUUCCCCGGAGUGGCAUUUCAUCAGCAUACAGUACAGUAUUUCUGCCAUCUUUGUUUGCAUUGCAGUGACUCAUCAAAAGUCCGGCACCGGACUCUUUUCUCUUUCUUUCCCUUUCUUUCUCGUUCUUUCUUUCUUUCUUUUUCCUAUCCUCCCCCCUGAAAAAAAAAAGAACUCGCCUUGGCUUUGAGUUUUCCUAUGAAAGGGCUCCAUUCAUUGCAGAGAAUGGCUUGAGUGUUAGCGAGAAGAAGAACGGCAUCCGGAGAUGCUUUUGUGCCGAGAUUUGACUUGGAGAGAGAAAGAGACACACACACACACACUGGAGGCCGGCCUUUUUAUUAUUAUUGUUGUUGUUAUUAUUAUUAUAAGACACACACACAUGCAAACACACACUUUCCCCGGGAAGAGGAUAUGGAAACACGGAUUUCGAGAUGCUCCCUCCUUGUGACUCCGCCGCCGCCGCUGCCGUGACCGCCUGAGGAGCCGCCUUCCUCCCCCCCCGGACGCCAUGUCGUCGCAGCUGCUGCACAUCGAGAUCCCCAACUUUGGGAACACGGUGCUGGGCUCGCUGAACGAGCAGCGUCUGCUGGGCCUCUACUGCGAUGUCUCCAUCGUGGUGAAGGGCCAGGCCUUCAAGGCCCACCGGGCAGUCCUGGCGGCCAGCAGCCUCUACUUCCGGGACCUCUUCAGCGGCAACAGCAAGAGCGCCUUUGAGCUGCCCGGCUCGGUGCCGCCCGCCUGCUUCCAGCAGAUCCUCUCCUUCUGCUACACGGGCAAGCUGACCAUGGCGGCCAGCGAGCAGUUGGUGGUCAUGUACACGGCCGGCUUCCUCCAGAUCCAGCACAUCGUGGAGAAGGGCACCGACCUCAUGUUCAAGGUCAGCUCCCCGCACUGUGACUCCCAAACCGCCGCCACCGAGGACCCCGGCUCCGAGCCCCAGAGCCCCUGCAACCCGCUGCAGGCCGCCCCCUAUGCCGCCGCGGCCCCGCUCCCACUCCUGGCCAGGGUCAAGCACGAAAACCUGGAGCUGCACCCCAAGAGGGGAGGCGGGGGCGGCGGGGCCGACGGCGGGGGGCCCCUGAGGCUGUCCCGGGUCUCCUACUACGGGGUGCCCGGCCUGGCCGCCCUCGUGCCCGGGGCCCCCGCGGCGGGGCCGUACUCGCAAGGGGAGCGCACCAGCCCCGGGGCCAGCAGCCUGCCCACCACCGACAGCCCCACCUCCUACCACAACGAGGAGGACGAGGAGGAGGACGAGGCCUACGACACGAUGGCCGAGGACCAAUACGGCGGACAGCAGAUGUACAUCAAGGCCAGUGGCGGGUAUGCCGGGCCUCCAGAGAAGCCGGAGCCGGUGCCCUUGGAGAGCCGGUCGUGCGUCCUGAUCCGCCGCGACUUGGUGGCCCUCCCGGCCAGCCUCAUCAGCCAGAUCGGCUACCGCUGCCACCCCAAGCUCUACUCCGAAGGCGACCCUGGCGAGAAACUCGAACUCGUGGCAGGCUCGGGCGUCUACAUUACCCGAGGGCAGCUGAUGAAUUGCCACCUGUGCGCAGGCGUCAAGCACAAAGUCCUCCUCCGGCGCCUCCUGGCCACCUUCUUCGACAGGAACACUUUGGCCAACAGCUGCGGGACGGGAAUCCGGUCUUCCACGAGCGAUCCCAGUCGAAAGCCUCUCGACAGCCGGGUCCUUAAUGCUGUGAAACUGUACUGUCAGAACUUUGCCCCGAGCUUCAAGGAGAGCGAGAUGAACGUCAUUGCGGCCGACAUGUGCACCAACGCCCGGCGGGUGCGCAAGCGCUGGCUUCCCAAGAUCAAGUCCAUGCUGCCGGAGGGCAUGGAGGUCUACCGCUCCGUCAUGGGGGCCACCGCCGCCGCCAACGGCCUCCACUUGGACCCGGAUUUCCAGCCGCCCACCGCCCAGAUCUUCGAACAGCGCAUCUA